AUCGGUGCAGCCGUGUUUGGAGGAGGCAGAGCGCACUGUGCCUGUGUUGACAUCAGACGGAUAUGCGGCGAUGCUCUUGCGUGCGGAAGGGUCUGCGGCGGUCUGUAAGCAGCCACGGAGAGAUUUCGCCCCGGUCGACAGCAGAUUAAGAGGCGGAGGAGGAGGAGGAGGAGGAGGAGCGACCGCUGUCAGUGAAAAACGGCACAUUUUGAUCCGAAGCGUCCGCUCGGUGGCAGCGGCCCGUCGAUUCUCAGAGGAAGCCGGGGGAUGGAUUUGACAUGUCGCAGGGAUGUGCUGAAAUCUUGAUGAUGAAAGGAGGCAGAGAAGGAGAUAAGUGGAGUGAGCCUUUCCUGGUUCUGGAUAGCUUUUAAUUAGGCACGUACAAGAACAGUGUCGUCUGCUGUCAAGAGGUGAUGGCAGUUCUGACCGAGCUUCACCUCUACUACUAUCCGUUCCUACUGAUGGAUGCCCUCCUCCUGCACGCCUGAGCCUGCACUACAGUGCUGCCUCCUUCCCCUCCUCUCCUUCUGCCUCUCCUCGCUCAUUUCACACCUUUUCCUCCACCCUCCUCAUCCAGCGGCUCCUUGUUCCCCCUUCCAUUUUUCCUCCCGUCCAUCCAUUAUCCUUCCAGUUUCACCGCCUGGAACAUCACUGUAACUCUGCAGUCCUCUACUUCAGCAUGGCGUGCUUUGGGCGCUCUCUGGACUCCCCGUGCACGUUAGCCCUGCUGGUCGGCUUCCAGUUUGCGUUUGUGCUCUACUUCUCCCUCGGGGGCUUCAGGGGUCUGGUGUCAGUCCUGGUGCACACCACUGAGCCGGAGUUUGACUACUCUCGUCCUCAUGACGUCUACACCAACCUCAGCCAUCUUGGAGUGCCGCCUCCCCCUCCUCGCAACUCCGGCACCGGACCCCCUGCCACGGGACCGCCGCUGAGAGACUGUCAGAUCCCUUCCCCGCUGUUGGUUGGACCCGUGUCCGUCCAUCUCUCCUCCCCUCUGUCUCUGGAGGAGAUCAGACAGAGGAACCCGUUAGUGUUGCCAGGCGGACGCUACCGCCCUCCGGACUGUGAACCCCGUCACCACACGGCAAUAGUGAUACCGUACAGGAACAGACAGACCCACCUCCGUGCUCUUCUCUACCACCUCCACCCCUUCCUGCAGAGACAGCAGAUCCACUACAGCAUCUACAUAGUACAGCAGUGGGGGAACGGCACUUUCAACCGAGCCAAGCUGCUGAACGUCGGGGUGCGGGAGGCCCUACGAGAUGAAGACUGGAGCUGCAUCUUCCUGCAUGACGUUGACCUGCUACCCGAGAACGACCACAACACCUACACCUGCCACAAACAGUUCCCCACGCACCUGUCCGUAGCCAUGGACAAGUUCAGAUACAGGCUGCCGUACCCGCAGUAUUUCGGUGGGGUGUCUGCGGUGACACCUGACCAGUACAUGAAGAUGAACGGCUUCCCUAACCAGUACUGGGGCUGGGGUGGAGAGGACGACGACAUUGCUGCCAGAGUGCGCCUGUCUGGCAUGAAGAUCGUGCGCCCUCCAGUGGCCAUUGGUCAUUACAAGAUGAUCAAGCAUAAAGGAGACAGAGGCAACGAGCAAAACCCACGCAGAUUCGACCUCCUGAAAAGGACCAGACUCAACUGGCGCUCCGACGGCCUCAACUCCUUGACGUACGAGCUGCUCUCCAAAGAGCUGGAGCCGCUCUACACCAACCUGACUGUCAACAUCGGAGAAGACCCGCGUCUGCCUGCGGGCAAACCCCCCGUUCCCGCGAAAGAGAUCCCCCCCGCCCACCAGCGUAGCACCAGCAAGACCGGAGGUGCGGCCGUACAGGAAAAGAGGCAAGGAGGCGCGGUGGAGGCCAAGCCAGUCGCUCAAAAGACAGAACCUCCGCAGGCAAAGGCGGCCAAUCAGACAACGCAGGAGAAGACAGGAGUGAUGAAAUAAAAGACGAGGUGUGUGAAAACACAAAACGAAAAAACAAAAACAAAACGGCAUCACAUCUGUAGCAUAAUGUGGCUUCCCCCUAGUCAUUUUGAUCCGAAAGACAAAAUGGAGUAAAGCAGCUUAGAUCUGUUCUGUUGUGGGACUUUUCAGUAGCGCAGCUUUUUGUGCUCAGUGUAGGGUAGGGGUAGUUAUGCAAUGGAUGAAAUGAAGAAGCCCGUUCUGUCUGCAGGGGGUGCAUUCGGAAACACGACUGAGUCACCUCCUCUGGGUUCAUCAUCCACUGAAUGUGACUCCCGCUCCCGACUCGUGACGCGACUGCGGUCGCGUUGAUAACUAGACCGGAAGAGGAACGACUCGGCCGCGUGUCCGGGCGCAGCCGAGCUGCGAAAGAGACUCGAUGGAAAAGGAGCUCUGUGAACCUGUGCAAACAGAUAUCUCAAGCGGCCCGUCUGCUGCGCGCAGACCCGCAGCUUCAUCCAGCUGCUCCCGAAACAAAACUGCUGCUGUCUGUCCGCCCCACUUGUACGGUGGGUUUGUGUUUCCGUGCCUUCUCUCUCUUUUAUGCUCAUUUUAUAGACCGCUGUUAGUCGCUUUUAGACGCUGACCUGUGGUUAGUUUUACCUCUCUUGCCACGCGGGGACAAGUUAAAGCUGAUCCUGGAAUCGGAAACAAGUGGUUUGUUUCAGGACUGCCGUUUUUAUAUUAGUGUGCAUUGAUCAAACGCUGACCAACUCCAUAGUGACAGGACAGUUCUAGAGUUUAUAUUUCUAUAGAGAGACUUCUUUAUUUGUGUACUGUUUUGUUUCAUUUGUCCUUCCUUACGGUCUGGUGCCUCUCUCGUACUCUCUCUCUCUGACAUUUAGUUCAUAGACAAUCAAAUUAUAUGGGAUGAUCUAUCUGUAUCCAACCACGAAACAAAAAUGAGGACGUAUUAUCAUGACUGUCUUUACCAAUAUCACACGAACAUAGACUCGGCAUGAUAGUUGUUGUCUAGUUUGGCUAUAAUCUCAUACAUGGAUAGACCUGUGCUUCUGAUAUCUGUACUUUUUAAAAAUAUCUUUUUAUUUUUCGAUUAGUCAGGUAUGGGGGGAAAACAAUAUUGUAGGCAUGUGAGGUCGCGCUGGCGGCUCUCAGGUGGUGUUUUAAUAUCUAAUGUGGUCGUGGGUACGAUACAGCACUGUGCACAGACUCAGAGGGCCGGGCGUCUUCGCGCACAGCAUGCCGUGGCAGACAUCGCUAUAAACGCUAUAAAUGAGUGUUCGCUCCCCUUGUCCCUCUUCGUUCGCGACAACGAAGCUCUCGUGUCUCGGAGGAGAUGGAGACGGGGCAAAGCGAAACGUGCACUGGACUCGAAACGCGACGCUUAUCGUGUAAAAAUUGAGAUUGCGCCGGCAAAUGCGGAUGGGCCGUUUUUGCCGAGCUUUUGUCAUCUACUCGUGUAAUCCAAGUCAUUUUAAAUAUCAGGUCAUUUGGAAUGUAUUAUUUUUUUUUUAGUUUUGUGAAGGGAGGGACUGUAUACCUGGGGAGUUUGGUCAUCUUAUUGGAUGAGGACUUGAAGCUAAGAGGUCAUUUCUGUUGCAAAUGCUGCUUUUUGACUAGGAAAACUGUACACCUACAGCUUAAAGUGACACACUGUAAUACUAAUGGUGAGGAAUUGUUUUCUAACAGGUAAUGUAUCACUUAGGCUAAUGUGAAUGUAUUUAAUUUAUCGACUGAGUGAUUCUAUCGAGUCACUGAUGCUGACCUAUAUGCGCAGACUUCUAAAUCUGUCCUGCACUGCGGAAGUUUUUUUUUUUUUUUUUUUUUUUUUUCGAAAACGUCCUUCUCCAUUGUGGGCCACAUUAUAUCACGUCGCUAUAUCAUAUCUCCACAUUUCUUAUGUCAACCUUGUGCCUCAUGAAAUAAGCCCAUAUCACUGAGGGGCUGAAGGUAUGCUGGUGAGUUAUGCCUGCAGCUCCCUCAAGUGGAACAGUCUGGCGUAGCGCCAGGCAGCGAGGAACCAAGGACUGAAUGAAACUGCGGCGUUGUGACAUGAAUGUUAAUGUUAGUGGUCGCCAUUCACAGGGCUGAGCCGAUCAAUCCUUCGCAGCGCUCCUUGUGGAGGGGUUCGCAUUUACAUAGUGUCACGUGAUUGAUCCAUCCAGGCUUAAAGGAGUAGAACAGCUCUUGAAUUUUCUCGACUAAAACCUACAUUAUGCAGAGUGUUUUAUGAAUGGAUGCUUUUUUUUUCUUAUAGAAGGAGUCUGUAUUUAUUAUGAAAUAGCAUUUUAAACAAAGAGUACUGUACAAACACUUGACAUAGAGAAACGGUAAGGCCUAAUUUCUUUGUACUUUGUACCACAUGAUUAUUUAAACUGCUUACAAAAAGAUAUUAUCCUCCAUUUAUCACAUUGCCCGGGACAAAUCCUAAACGACAUGGAACAGUGACACACUGAGAGCUUUCAAGGACGUUAUGUAAUCUCAGCAGAUUAAUCGCCAGACGUGUGGGUUUACCUGGAGAUUGUCCUAUAUUUAAUGAAUGCACCAUUUUUUUUUUUGUUUGUUUUUUUACAAAGGAUUUUUUCGCAUAAAUGUUGGAGAUGGAUGACGUGCAGUUGAAUGCAGGGUCGGUAAGCGGGAUUGGGGGUUUCACUGUAACAUUUUUAUCUGAUAAUAAGUUUCAUUCUGUCACAAACGACGCGAGAGGCAGCUCGAGAGACGGGAUGCUGUUAGUAUGUCACAUGAUUUAUGAGGACGCUGAUGCCUGUCGUCAUUUUAGGAUGCCUUAUUUACUGACCUUAACUCGAAGAGUGCGUGAGUGUGUGUUGUGCGUUUGGGUGUGUGUGCGGAUUAAAGUCAGCAAAAAAGGCAUGUGGUGAAUGGGCAGUAUUAUGACAGAAAGCAAACAUGUAUACCAAUAAAAACACAUACUCAACA